CCUCGAACUCUUGAACCCGUUCGACUAUGACAUUUAUACAUCUAUGCACGCGUGUUUCUGAGACUUCGAUUAACAGUGCUGCACCUUGACCAUAAUUACGCGGACUCUCGACACCGGCGGGGAUAGAAUUUCAUAAAUUAUUGUAUAACUUUUACCGAUUAGUCCUUCUCGGACCCCGGCCAAGGUCGGGGACCAUAUAAUAUGGGUAACAUUUCCUGAUCAAAUCUGGUUCAAGUACAUAGGCUAAUCCACGCGGGCCAAAGAUCGUUAUCCGAACGGAUCGAUCGAUCGAUCGUUGAUUCGUGACAAUUGCAAUUUUUUUUGUCAGAGAAAAUUAAUUCGCAGAGAAUUGCCGAGAAAUUUUAUUUAAUUUCUGGUUAAAAUCCAGAUUUCGAAAUUUUUUCGACACGUGAUUAACGCCGAUCUUCUUCUCUGUACGACCGAUCUAGCCCAGUGAAUUUUACGAUUAGCAUAUUGAUGGUCAUUACGCGACGAAUGUUUGAGUGGGUCCCUCGCAACCCGUGAGAGAGUUAUCUGCUUCGCGAGUUUGAUGACACAAGAAAUGAGCAAACUAUCGCUCGAACAUCAAUCCGAUACGCGAGUAAAAUUUUGCGAAACUCUUGCUGCAGUACAAGUAAAUUGAAAAAAAAAAAAAAGAAAUAAAUAAUAGAAGUGAGAUCGUAGAUUCAUGAAUAAAAUUGCACAAGCUUAUCGCAAAUUGAUAUUUAGACUAAAAGCGCACUUUUUAAGGCGUGUCUCGACGAAGACCCAAUUAUUGAAUUUUCAUGGUCACGAGACUGACGAAGGUUUUUUCUUUUCGUGCACAUAUUUACUCUUUUCUUCGUUGAGGACAAACGAUUUCAGCGGUAAUGUUCGGGAUGAAUAAAUUUUGAAUUUCUAUCGAGCAGCUGAUAGAAAAAAACUAAAAAGCAAAAAAAAAUUACUCGAUCAUAUAAUGAAUAAAUUUUUGUGGAAUCCUAACGCAAUAUGUAGGCGAGACUCUCCGGCUCCAUUCAUUGUCAAUUUCAUCAUUGAUGACCAUCGUCGGUCAUUCGCAGCGCCUUUCUAUGCCGAUCGGUAUAGCGACGGUUAUUUCUAACGAAAUACCACUGUUACUUUACGUCUAUGAGGCAUCAUUUCGGUUAUCGAUAGAAAUUAAAAACCACGCGUUGCGCUUCACGUUUCAUAAGUCGGGCAUAUCGGCUUCCUACCUCCUUUUUACAUUGGAUUGGUAUUUAAUUUUAUUAUGUCACAUGCACUCAUUUUUUGUGUCUUCUGCGAUUUAUACCUGUGGAUACCAUCGAAUCAUUCGCCGAUCAGUGUCUCAGGAGACGCGGCUGCUCCUGGACCAAUAUUACCGGCUACAUUUAUUUUCAUCAACAUCAACACAAACGUCAUUUCAAGGUGCCUCUGACAAGCGUACAAGAAAUUUGUAAAACCAUGGUCAGUGCCUAACCGUCGAGCACUCGGUGCAGAUGACCACGCGUCGCGUUCCAAACAUUUCGUUAAUUAAUUACACCUGAUUACGAUUUUAUUAUUUUAUUAUCAUGUGCUCAACGGUUCGGAUUUUUAUUAAGCCAACAUCCGCGCUCUGAAUAACAUUAAUAAAAUAAUCAACAGAGUAAUCGUUUUGUGUUUUUAUUCAUAUUUAAUGGCUAACGAAUUAUUAGUGUCCGGAAUAAUGUGUGAUCGUGUUGUGAUCCUCGUCGUUUUGACGUUAUUCGGAAAUUCCGCUUCGAUUUUUUGUGCGUCGUACGGACCGUUUUCCGAAAUCAGAUCGUCUUCGACCUCCGAAGAUCUUCAAGACGACUACACGGACAACGCCAUCGAUUUAGUUCGGACGUCGAUUUCACCAUUGGAAGACUUUUUGCUCACUAUAUCGAAUCCUUUUAGAAUUUUUAAUCGACCGGACGACCAAUUGGAUCGCAACACGGAAAGACUGAUACUGGGUCUUCCUUCGGGAUUGAGAGACAUUUUUUUAACGGGACGUAAAUUUGCCGAAAAAGGAUUUGGCGACGUUAUGGAACAUCAUCGCAAACGCUUACAGGCCAUAUUUCCCGGAACAUUGUGGUGCGGAACCGGUGAUAUUGCCAGGAAUUCGGAAGACAUUGGACUAUUCAGUUUGAGCGAUAGUUGUUGCAGAACUCACGAUUCUUGUCCACAUUACAUCAACGCAGGGGAUGACAGCAGGGGUUUGAGGAACAAUGGAAUAUUUGCCAGAUCCCAUUGUGCCUGCGACGAGGAAUUCCACAGGUGCUUGAGGAAGACUCAUACUCUAGUUUCGAAGAAAAUCGGUAUGACUUAUUUUGACGUCCUGCAGCCACAAUGCUUCAAAUUAGAGUAUCCCAUCAAACGGUGCCUUAGAUACACAAGAUUUCCUGGACCGAAGAGAUGCGUACUCUACGAAUUUGAUAAGACGAGCAAUAAGACGUGGCAGUGGUUCGACAACCGAAAUUUUUUGAUUCCAUUUGAGUUUUGAAUUUGGAUUUUACAAGACAUUAGAACAAAUUGUAUUUAUUUGUAGGUUUAGAUUCAAAUACUGAUAAUGCGUGCCAAAUAUUUUAGGGAUUUAAAUAUUGAUUCAUUGAAGUUCACCAACAUGUUUACGAGUAAUUAUUAUCAAAGCACAGCUAGCGAAAAAGACAUUCUGGUACGGAGAAGAAUAUUUGAUCGCAUCAGAAUUAAUUCGUAAAUGGAUCUCAACAGCUUUUGAUUAUAAUGAUCGAUAUAUAAUAAUUCGGGAACCAGAUUGGAAAUUCGUUAAAAGCAGAUGAUGAGAUUAACCCCGAGUCCACUCGGGUCCGACGAUGGAAGAAACAGAUGGUUAUCGGAAGUAAAUUUGCAGCCCAAAUCGACUCCGCCCUGCAUCAACACAAAACUCACGAUGCAUCUGGACAAUUGUUCGUUAUAUUUGUGAACCGAAUAAGAAUACAUAUAUUAUUUAUCAUGUAACCAUAGUUCGAAUAGUCCCUGAGAUAAUUGAAGUAUGAAUGUGAUUAGGCACUUGUGUAAAUUGUAUUGUACCACAUCGAUUGCAAGACUACAUUUCUUCGGAUGAAUAAAUUCACGAUAUACACAGUAAUCUGUUGAAAUUGAUUUGAUAUCAGUAAAUUAACAUUGAAUGCUCGCCAGGAUCCAUCACUCAUUAAUAUCCUUUAUGAUCAUCAUAUCCUGACAUCAGGCAGGCACAAAAUCAAUUUUUGAUCAAAGUUUUCGAACCGGAAGCGAUAUUGUAGAGCUUUAGAAUACCGGCCUUGAAAAUGCAAAUUUUGGCCAAAAAUUGAUUUUGGUAUCAGAAGAACAGAAAACCAAGGAAGUAUUUCGAGACCCAGGCUGUCGCAUCAUGUGCAUGCCUUCAUUCAUGUAUAUUCAAUCCUACUCCUUAGCUAUGAGAUCAAGACACAACCUGGUUGCUUGCAGGACUGAGAAUAUGCCUGCUUGUAUUCAAUAGAUCAAUCAUGCUCAGAUAGAAACCGGAAGU